AGAGAGGCUUAAUAGGGCAGGCUUCUUCGAGUGAGGUGAGAACUUCUUCCUUCGUUCGUUCCUCGACCUCACCUCUCAAUCGGCUGAAGAGGAGGGCAUUCAAGAUUCGGCUGGUUUCGAACUUUCGUCUGAUCGUCUUCUUCUCAUUUUCAUCAUCUUCUCGUUUUCAUCCGACUGAAGAGGAGGGCAUUCGAGAUUCAACUUCCUUCGUCUCCAAUCUCCAUCUCUUUUUCAUUCGAGCGGUGACAAGUUCUUUUUAGUCUUUCCAAGUUUCCAUUUCGUUUUUUUACAACGUCACUAUAGUAUACAUGUGCUGUUCGAUUUUUUUUUUCUUGUUGUCAUAUGCAUCAAUGAUUCAAUUCAAUGCAUGCCUUCGUCUCCAUCUCGUUGUCUUCUGUUUGUUUCUAAAACUUGUUAGAUGAAGCGUUCUUCACUGUCUGUUAAUUUGUUGAAUGGUGAUAAUUUUUUAAAGCCAUGAACGCAAAAAACUUUUGUUAGUUAUGUAUUUGUCAUUUCAUUAUCUAAUUUUAAUGUAUUGCUUAUCUAGUCAUUUUUCAAUGUUUCUUUUAAUAUCUCAUUUACUUUCUUUUUGGAUUAUUUUAUUUAUUUUUUAAAAAUUAGUCGUCUUUUUCCCGUUUUAUUUUCGAGAUUUUAUACCCGUUUUUUUCUAUCGCCUUAUUAUACCAGUCCAGUCUUUUGUGACAAUGGGCGAAAGCAUGGACAGCUGCUCUAUCUUUCUCGCCCUCCUCUUCGUCACUGUCUCCUUAGCCAUCUUCCUCUUCCGCCUCCCGUCUUCUGAGCGCAACGGCAAGGGCAAAGCUCGACGUCGCCUCCCGCCUGGCCCAUUGCCGCUGCCCAUCAUCGGUAACAUCCAUCAACUGGGCUUCAACUUUGCCUAUAUCGUGCCCUCCCUCCGCCGAAUUAGAGCUCGUUAUGGGCCAGUCUUCCGUCUCUAUCUUGGCAAUCAAACAGUGGUUUUCAUUACUAGUCGUGACCUGGCCCAUCAGGCCCUGGUUCAGAUGGGCGCAGCUUUGGCAGGAAGGCCUCUUUCCCCUGCCUCUGCACGCAUCGUCAAUCUCAACCAGCACAGCAUCAACUCUGCGGACUACGGCCCAUUGUGGCGCCUCUUUCGCCGCAACCUCAUGGCAGAGACGCUCAACCCGGGCCGGACCAAGGCCUUCUCGGAGGGUCGGCGGUGGGUCAUGGAUGUCUUGAGAGACAGGCUACAAGACGAAGCAGAGCAAAGUGGCGGAGUAGUAGCCCCCAUCGGCGCCUUCCAUUAUGCCAUGUUCUGCUUACUCCUCUUUAUGUGCUUUGGCGAGAAGCUGGACGAGGUCACCGUUCGAAAGGUAGAAAAUCCGCUGCGUGACCUGCUCGUCAACCUUACCCGGUUUAACCUAUUGGGCUUCUUCCCUUGGCUUUCCAAGAUUUUCUUCCGAAGACGGUGGCAUCAUCUCGCGGAGCUCAAGCGCAACGAAGUGGAAACACUGCUUCCCCUCAUUCGAGCCCGGUUGGGGGUCGAGCAGAAGAAUUGGUUCUGCUACGCGGAUUCACUCCUCACUCUAGAACACCCGGAGGGGAGGCGACUCAGCGAGGGGGAGAUUGCGACACUUUGCGGAGAGUUCCUCAACGCCGGCACAGACACGACGUCGACAGUACUACAGUGGGUGAUGGCCAACUUGGUGCGGAGCCCCAAGAUUCAAGCCAAGUUGUAUAGUGAGGUUGUGAGCGUCGUGGGGGAUCGUGAGGAGGUUGCAGAGGAGGAGCUAACACAGAUGCCUUACCUCAAGGCAGUGAUUCUCGAGGCGUUGAGGAGACAUUCACCAGGCCAGUUGCUGCUACCGCAUGCAGCCACUGAGGAGGGGGUCAGCGUUGCCGGCUAUCACAUACCAAAGAAUGCGACUGUGAACUUCGUGGUUGGGGAUAUGGCGUUGGACGAGGAGGUGUGGAAAGACCCCAUGGAGUUCCGGCCAGAGAGGUUCAUGCCAGGAGGGGAGGGCGAAGAUGUGGACAUCACCGGCACCACGGAGGUAAAGAUGAUCCCCUUUGGCGCGGGCAGAAGGAUAUGCCCUGGGAUGGGCUUAGCGGUGCUGCACCUCCAGUAUUACGUAGCCAACUUGGUCCGCGAAUUUGAAUGGUCCGUCGUAGACGGUGAAGAGAUAGACCUCACCGAGAAAGUCGAGUUUACCGUGGUGAUGAAGCACCCUCUCAGGGCACGCCUUGCACCUAGAAACCGCCCGCAAUAGAUCGAGCGAGAGUGCACCGGUGUCCAUUUGGCUUGGGCUCUUAGGAAAUUCAUGUAUCAUGUAUAAGUUGUGGUAGGGACUGUGACGUGUAGGUUUUAACGUAUAAGCUAUUAAAUGCAUUUGUAUUCGUGGUAUAUGCCGUCCGACUUCGGAUCUGGUUAUACACAUUGUUCUCGUAUAUAAAUUUUCAUGUGCUAUUUUAAUAAUGACAAAAUGUCCAUGAGUAAUACAAAAAAAAAAAAAACUUUUUGCUUUGAUAAAAGUAAAACUUUUCAAUCUCUAUAUCAUUA